GGCGGCGUCGGCGGAGGGACCCAAGCGCAGCGGCGGCGGCGACGGCGGCGAGCAGAGCGGCUACCCCAGGGCCAUGUGGACCGGCGGCCGCCGCCCGGGCCGGCUCCGCCGGGCGACCCUCCGCAGUCCACCGGUGCGGAAGGGCAGCAGAGCGCCUCGUCCAGCUUCCUGCUCCUUCCCUAUCAGCUUUCAGGCCUCUGCCGCAGACAUGGAGAAACUCAGGCUGCGCAGCCCCUGGGUGCCCUCGUGCCUCGGGCAGCCCCGAGUCCUGCCGGGCCGAUUGGCCAGGUCCUCGCCCUCGCUCUGGGACAGCGCGCUGCAGGAACAGAAGGGCGAGCUGCGCAAGCGGCUGUCCUACACUACGCACAAGCUCGAGAAGCUCGAGACAGAGUUCGACUCCACGCGCCACUACCUGGAGAUCGAGCUGCGGCGCGCACAGGAGGAGCUGGAGAAGGUCACAGAGAAGCUGCGCAGGAUUCAGAGCAACUAUAUGGCUCUGCAGCGGAUCAACCAGGAGCUGGAGGACAAGCUGUACCGCAUGGGCCAGCAUUAUGAAGAAGAGAAGCGUGCACUGAGCCACGAGAUUGUUGCCCUCAAUAGCCACCUGCUGGAGGCCAAGGUGACCAUCGACAAGCUGUCAGAGGACAACGAGCUCUAUAGGAAGGACUGCAAUCUAGCGGCCCAGCUGCUGCAGUGUAGCCAGACCUACGGCAGGGUCCAUAAGGUGUCCGAGCUGCCCUCAGACUUCCAGGAGCGUGUGAGCCUGCACAUGGAGAAGCAUGGCUGCAGCCUGCCCUCCCCACUCUGCCACCCAGUCUAUGCUGACAGUGUCCCCACCUGCGUCAUUGCCAAGGUGUUGGAGAAGCCUGACCCUGCCAGCCUGUCCUCCCACCUGUCAGAUGCCUCAGCCUGUGACCUGGCCUUCCGUGAGGGGGUUGAAAAGCCAGGCCCACGACCCCCGUAUAAGGGGGACAUCUACUGUAGCGACACGGCCCUCUACUGCCCGGAGGAGCGGCAGCGAGACAGGCGGCCCAGCGUGGACGCGUCUGUGACAGACGUGAGCUUCCUGAGGGCCCAGAACUCCACCGACAGCGCAGCUGAGGAAGAAGAGGAGGCUGAGGCGGCAGCCUUCCCAGCAAGCUACCGGCAUGAGGCCUUUCCUGGCUAUGCAGCCUCACUGCCCACGUCCAGCUCCUACUCCAGCUUCAGCGCCACAUCGGAGGAGAAGGAGCAUGCCCAGGCCAGCACGCUCACGGCCUCCCAGCAGGCCAUCUAUCUGAAUAGCCGUGAUGAACUCUUUGACCGCAAGCCACCCACCACCUAUGAGAGCAGCCCUCGCUAUGCCAAGGCCAUGGCUGCAGUGGCAGCCCCACUAGAGGCUGAGGUGGCCCCAGGGUACAGGCGGACCAUGUCACCGUACCCAGCGGAGACCUUCCGCUUUCCGGCCUCCCCAGGCCCCCAGCAGGCCCUGAUGCCCCCAAACCUGUGGAACCUGCGGGCCAAGCCAGAGACCACUCGGCUCCCUGGGGAGAAUAUGAGGGGCCAGUGGCGGCCCCUAAGCGUGGAGGACAUUGGCACCUAUUCCUACCCAGCCAGUGCCGCAAGCCGCGCUUCUCCCGGCAGCUUCUCUGAACGCUACUACGGUAGGGGUGGGGGCAGUCCAGGCUCAAACAUAGAGGGCCGCGCCAGCCCCCUCUAUGCCAGCUACAAGGCUGAUAGCUUCUCCGAAGGUGAUGAUCUUUCCCAGGGCCACCUGGGAGAGCCCUGCUUUCUGCGGCCAGGCGGUGACCUGAGCCUCAGCCCCAGCCGUUCAGCUGACCCACUGCCUGGCUACGCAGCCAGUGAGGGGGAUGGAGACAGGCUCGGGGUGCAGCUGUGUGGGGCCGGCAGCAGCCCUGAGCCCGAACAUGGCUCCAGGGACUCCCUGGAGCCUAGCUCCAUGGAGGCUUCCCCAGAGAUGCACCCUGCAGCCCGCCUCAGCCCCCAGCAGGCUUUCCCACGGACUGGUGGUUCUGGGCUGAGCCGCAAGGAUAGCCUCACCAAAGCCCAGCUCUAUGGAACCUUGCUUAACUGACCACCUGUGUGCAGGUCGUGGCUACAGCCCUCCACUCUAUCCCCAUAGUGCCCAAAGGGGUGACCUCGCUUCUUCCCAGACCCCCGUAUUCCUGCCCCUUGCCCCCCAGAGAGGACUCAGGCCUCCCCAGCCGCUAUUCUCCCCCAGCAGCCCAGUAGCACCUGAGAGGAUCCUCUCCCCACACCGUCUUGUCCACCCCAGCUCCACUCAAUGGGACUUCCACUCAAUGCUUUUCACACACAUCUGUCCCCAACCUGAGAUGAGCAUACCCCCUUUUAUAAAGCCAAACUAUUUUUAUAGAGAAAAGGGAUCUUUCUUAACGCACUUGGCUCCCAGCUCCCUGGAUGGCUGCCUUGGCGUUCUCAACACAAAGCUCCUUUAUUUUUCGAGUGAGGGUGUGUGGGGCCUGCGCCUCGGAAGAGAAGGACGUCAUCAUGUGGAGCCCAAGCUCCAUGAGUGGGGAGCAGCCCCAGCAAGCCAGCGACAAGGAACCCUGAAGUUCUGUCCACAAACAGGAACUGAAAUAAAUUAGAGGACACAAAACGUUUUUAAAAAUCUUAUUUUUCACAGUCUGGACAAUACACCACCCUAACCUCUUCCAUAGUCUGUAGUCCUGAGUGGGGCCGGGAUGUUGUCCCAGUACAGCCGGUGCUCCUCCCCUGCCCCCGAGUCCUGCUCCCACACCGUCUUACUCUACCUCAGAUGUAAUGAGGCCCUCUGAUUCCUGGUUUCUGUCGCUUGCAUUCGUGUCGUCUGUGAUGCAUGCCCUGUCUCAGUUAGUGCUGUAUUUUGCAAUCAUCAAUAAAAGACACCAGUGGAGAGCAUUUGGGUUUGGGUUGUUUCUUCGCCCCCUGCCUUGGUCUCAGGAACAUGUGGCCCUUGUGUCUGUCCCUCAUCUCUGCUCUCUGUGGCCAAGGGGAGCUCCUUCACCACCCUUGACACCCCCUCCCAGCUUCUGGGUUACUGCCUGGGGUUUGGAAUUCUCCCACUUUUCUUAACCCACAAACCAGUACUGUUGCUCUGCUAUACAGUGUCCUUCAUGUUUCCCACAUCUUUACUGCCUCAUCCUUCUUGCACCUCAGACUUGACUUUUGUUUCUUUUAGUGUGGGACUGCUGGGGUGACAGCUUUUAGUUUUUAUUUCCCCGAAAGUGUUUUUCUUUUGCCCCUUUCUUGAAAGGUAUUUUUGUAGAGAAUGGGAUGUUUGCAGGUGAUCGCUUUCCAGCAGUACACAGGAGAUGCUGCUCAGUGUCCCCUGACUUCCUGUUAGUAUCAGAAACUAUCAGGCGUCAUUAGCUUGGGGGCUGUUCCUUUGAUAGAAGGAAAACAACUUUUUUAGAGACAAAGUCUCACUUUGUCACCCUUGGUAGAGUGCUGUGGCAUCACAGCUCACAGCAACCUCCAGCUCUUGGGCUUAGGUGAUUCUCUUGCCUCAGCCUCCUGAGUAGCUGGGACUACAGGCACUCGCCACAAUGUCUGGCUAUUUUUUGUUGCAGUUUGGCUGGGGCCGGGUUCAAACCCAUCACCCUCAGUAUAUGGGGCCGGCGCCCUACGCACUGAGCCACAGGCACUGCUCGAAAACAACUUUUUUAAAGAUCUUUUUAACUUUGGCUUUCUGCAGUUUUCCCUGAGGUGUGUCUGGGUGUGAAUUUCCUUCUCAGGAUUCACAGGGAGUCUUACUUCUGUGGAUUGAUCUAUUUCGUCAGUUCUACAAAGUUCUCCAGUAUUCCCAAGUAUUAUUUUUCAGAAAGUAUUUCUCUGCCCAUUCUGUGCCUCUAGGACUACCAUCCCAGGCCCUAGCAGACCCUCUGAUGGUAGCCUCUGUAUCUGUUGCUUUGUUUUCUAUAUUUCCCAAUGACUGUCUCCCUCUGCUACAAACUGCAUGACUUGUCUUCCAUUUCCCCAAUUCUCUUCUACUGUGUCUAUUCAGUUCUCAAACACAGGCGCUGAGUUGUUUUUUUGUUUUUUUUGAGACCGAGCCUCAAGCUGUCGCCCUGGGUAGAGUGCUGUAGCAUCACAGCUCACAGCAAUCUCCAACUCCUGGGCUAAAGCGAUUCUCCUACCUCUGCCUCCCAAGUAGCUGGGAUUACAGACACCUGCCACAACACCUGGCUAUUUUUUUGGUUGCAGCCAUCAUUGUUGUUUGACAGGCCCAGGCUGGAUUAGAACCCGCCAGCUCAGGUGUAUGUGGAUGGUGCCUCAGCCACUUGAGCCACAGGUGCCAACCCACAGGUGCUGAGUUUUUAAUUUCAGUUAUUGUUUUACAUUUCUAGAGGUUCUAUUUACUUGUUUUACAAAUUCAUUGUGCUUUUUACUGUAGUUUCCUAUUCCCUGGAGAUGUUUGGGGAAAAGGUUGUUUUUGUUUUUGAGAAAGGGUCUCACUCUAUUACCCAGGCUGGAGGUGGGAGUACAGAGGUAUGAUCUCAGUUCACUGUAACCUCAAACUCCUAGGCUCAAGUGAUCCUCCUGCCUUAGCCUCUCAAAGUUCUGGGAUUACAGGCAUGAGCCACCACACACAACCUAACCAUAGUGGACACAGCUGUCCCAUGAUCUGGUACUUCCCAGCAGGUGAAAUCUGUGUAGAUCUUUCUCUUGGUUCAUGCCCCAGUUGCCGUGUUUCAAUGAGUGCCUAGUUCUCUCUGACACAUGCCCAUUCAUGCCCUUGAAGAUGUACUUGUGGGCAUUUGGCAGGGCCUAGGAUGGAGGCCCCUUUCCCUAGCAGGCUUUUAUUUCUGCUUCUUCCAGGUGGCCAGGGGCACUUCCCAUUGGGGACUGCCUGAACCCGGCUUUAUGCCCUUCCAGCUCUGUGUAACUCCAGGAGAUUCUGCCUCUUGUUAGGGAACCCCAAGGAGGGUUGGGCAUCAGGAGGGGCUCCCCAGCACCCCUGCACUUCACCUGCUUCUGCAGAAGAGGCCAGAACUAGCCGAACUUCAUCUUCUCCAAAAGUAGAUGCUAUACCAGGAAGCGGCCUA